CAGGCGAUUUUGAUAAAUAAAAAAUAUAGGAAUGUAUACUCCCAUCUAUAUAUUCCUAUGCGCAUGCUUCGUGUUUCCAAACAUCCGCGCCCAGAGCACCUCUCCCCCAGAUCGACAAAAUUUCAGCUCCUCUCAGGAAGAUCCUGCGGGCACUUGGUCAGGAUCCUUCUUCCCGCCCGGCAAUCAGGCUGCCGGGUAUCAGUAUCCUGAUGGUACAGGAUACCCAUACUCAGAUCCUCCAGGAUCACAAAAUCAGAAUUCCUCAGGGUUUCAAAUUUCGGAUACACCUGGGUUUAAAACUCAGGUUAUUCCAGGAUACCAGUUUCCGGAUACUAGACUGUUCCAAAUACCUGGCGUCUCAGGAUACCAGUAUCCUGGAUCUCAGGGCAAGAUCAUUACAGGGACUCAGGAUCCCGGACAACCUCCUGUUAACAGCAUCUCAGGUGGUCGGCCGGGUUUGUAUCGUCCAAACAGCGGAUAUCGUCCCCCUUCAAACUACCCUCCAUUCUCUGGAUACCCUCCUCCUGGGUAUUUCCCUCAGGGAGCCUUACCCUCACAGGGGGCGGCUCCCCCUACGGAGUACGACAAGAUCGUGGCCAUCCUCUCACUCUUUGCUGAAGGAAUCGAAGAACUGUCCGGCCGAAUCGCAAGUCUUGAGAAAAUGCAAGCAGAAUUUCUAGUCUACAAGAAAAAAGUUGAUGAAAUCGCAAACAGAGAAGAUUUAUCCGGCAGCGAGUCAACGGCAGUAAACAGAGUGGGAACACCAAACCAAACCGACCAAAACAAUCAGGAAAAAGAUGAGAAGAAGUCAACGGCAAAACCAAAACCAACAAAACCCAACAAACCACCGUCUACAUCAACCACUAAUUAUCCUUACCCGAAAUCUUGCCCGACCAACUUUGAAAGAAUUGGUGCCGAAUGUUUCUACAUAUCGUCACGCAGCUAUAAGCGACUCAGCUGGCAGGAUGCUCAAGCCGCGUGCUCGGCCAUGGAUGCGAUCUUGGCAGACCCUGACACUGAGCGCGAGGUGUCCAGUCUCAGCGGUUACCUCGGCCAGUUCUCUUCCACUGCCAGUUACAGUUUUUGGCUGGGCGCGCUUUAUCCCGGAAUUUCCUGGCGCUGGAUCUUCAGUGGGGCGGAGGUCCCUCUCACUCCUGCUUUGUGGACAUACUCGUCAGAUUCAUCUAAUCCUGUAGCUCGGCAAGCUCCCGUCGACGAUGUUCCGCAUCUUCUUUACCUGAGACACUACCUUCAGAGCAACGGCCAAAGCCAGGCACCAUUGGUCAAAAUGUUAGAAAAUAUUACCUCAGCCAUUGGCGAAGAAACUGUUGCCAGAUUUGUUGCCGAGGACCACGAGUCGAAGAAGAUUCUUGAACGAAUGGAUUUGGGAUUCAAUCCCUUCGAUUCCGAUGCCGCGAAUUACCGUAGAUAUGAUGCCCAAGCGCCAUCCAUUGCAUCGCAAUUUCGGGCCCAAGGGAGGAUUUAUCCCAGCCCUUUAGAGAAUUUUUUCAACCCCCUAUUUUCAUUUUUCAACCCUGCUCGUCCUAACAGAGGGAGCACUUUAACUUCUAUGAUUGAUAGCAUAAAAUUUGCUUUAGGAACGACUCGGGAAGCCAAAGCAAGACCUAUGAUAGAACCUACAACCACAACUACCACACCUUUCUCUCCUCCAGCAACCACCAUCGUCACGGUAACUAGAGCUUUAAGCAGUGGAUCAGUUCAAGAGGAUGACAAUAAUGAUGGUAAGUCAGAUUUGACAUCGAAUAGAUCAGGCCGAAGAUCGAAACCAUGGGACACUGCGUUGGGUAGAUGUUUGAGCCUUCAAUCUGUCUAUGAAAACGAGCGAAGUGUGUUCAAAUAUGCGGCAGGCCCUUGUGGCUAUGAAAAAUAUUUCAUAUGCAAGAAAAUGUAAAAAGUUCUUUGAUCCUUGCAGAACAUGCGCAGUAGGAAGUAAAAUUAAAUUUUUCAUGCCAAUAGUGCCAAGUUUUAUCGGCGUUAGAUCAAUUAUUCUCGGCGAGUAUUAUUAUUAUUGGUCGAGUGGAACAUCGCGUGGUAUUGGUAAAUUAUAUUGGUGUGCUUAUAAAAAAAACGAUUCAUCUCAUUGAAAGGCCCUUCAUUGGUGAAAGAGCACUUCCUAUUUUUUUUGCUGACGCAUAGGAAAACCUAUUGAUAUAGCGACCAAUUCAAUUAUUGUUGCUGAAGGUUUUAGGUUUAGAUUGGCAAAUGUUCGAAAGGAUUAGCUAGUGUCCCCGCAUUUUGAUUAGUUUAGGAACAUUUCAGUUCCCUCCCUCCAAAAAAACUUAGGCAACCUCACUCAAUGAAAUAAGUUUUAAUUAUACCAAUACCUAUUGUACAAUUGAAAUAAAUUAGAUGCAAAGUGCAGGCAACACAGUAAAUGAUAGUUUGAAACUUGUGCACAGAAACGAUUAAAAAAAUUGUGCUUGCGCCUUCCAUGCUUUCCGAUAGACAGCAUUCAGCUGUGUUGCAUUUACUUAUUUAUUAUUUUGAUCAAUUUAUUGAAUAUUAUGAUCAACUUCAUAUUUGGAUCAAUUUAUUUAAUUAGAAAGUUUGCAACAUUCUCACACUCCUGCAUCGAUAAAUGAAAGCGUAGAAAAAGUAUAUAAUAAUUUUCAAAUUUUCUUAUGAGCAAAUAAUUUAGUGAAAGGCGUGCAAUAAAGAGUUCAAAGCAUUAA